CAAGGCAAGCUCAGUCCUCCGACACACUGUGCUCAUUCACCUCCUUUCUUAGGCUGUGCUGGUCUGGGCAAACUGCUGUAUUUCUUUGGUAGGCUGCUAACUUCUCUGGAUUGUGAAUUUAAAACAUGUUUUACAGUAAAUUUGGUGCCAAGACAAAAGCUGUAUUUCUCCAGCAAUGAAUUCCUCAUUUCACCUGCAUUUCUCGGAUCUCAACCUGAAUGCCACAGAGGGCAACCUUUCAGGACCUAAUGUCAAGAACAAGUCUUCACCAUGUGAAGACAUGGGCAUCGCCAUGGAGGUGUUCCUCACUCUUGGUUUCAUCAGCCUCUUGGAGAACAUCUUGGUCAUAGGGGCCAUAGUGAAGAACAGAAACCUGCACUGCCCGAUGUACUUCUUUGUGUGCAGCCUGGCAGUGGCUGACAUGCUGGUGAGCAUGUCCAAUGCCUGGGAGACUAUCACCAUCUACCUACUCAACAACAAGCACCUAGUGAUAGCAGACACAUUUGUGCGCCACAUUGACAACGUGUUUGACUCCAUGAUCUGCAUUUCUGUGGUGGCGUCCAUGUGCAGCUUGCUGGCCAUCGCGGUGGACAGGUACAUCACCAUCUUCUAUGCGCUGCGCUACCACCACAUCAUGACGGCGAGGCGCUCGGGUGCCAUCAUCGCCGGCAUCUGGGCUUUCUGCACGGGCUGUGGCAUUGUCUUCAUCGUGUAUUCCGAAUCCACCUACGUCAUCGUGUGCCUCAUCUCCAUGUUCUUCACCAUGCUGUUCCUCCUGGUGUCUCUGUACAUACACAUGUUCCUCCUGGCACGGACCCAUGUCAAGCAGAUCGCGGCUCUGCCAGGGGCCAGCUCUGUGCGGCAGAGGACCAACAUGCAGGGUGCGGUCACCCUCACCAUGCUGCUGGGCGUGUUUAUCGGGUGCUGGGCCCCAUUCUUCCUCCAUCUCAUUUUAAUGCUUUCUUGCCCUCAGAACCUCUACUGCUCUUGCUUCAUGUCUCACUUCAAUAUGUACCUCAUACUCAUCAUGUGUAAUUCUGUGAUCGACCCUCUCAUAUAUGCCUUCCGCAGCCGAGAGAUGCGGAAGACCUUUAAGGAGAUUAUUUGUUGCCAUGGCUUCAGAAUUGCCUGCAGGUUCCCCAGAAGGAAUUAAGCACAAAGUGCUCCUCUCUGUGACCCUUUUCUCCUUUAUUUGCUCACCUAUGACAUAGCGACAGCAGAGGGGUAGGCGAGAUCACUAGCAUCCCCUUUCUCUCUUUCCCAGCU